AUGGUGCAGAACGUUGGUCGAAUCUUUUUGCUGGCGGCAGUCGCCGUCGCUUUUAUCGGCGACAGUCAGGGAGCGAAUAUUCUGGGGCUGUUUCCCAGUCUAAGUCCCUCCCAUUUGAUCAUUCAGAUGUCGGCGGCCAAGGCCCUCGCGGAGCAGGGUCAUAAUGUCACGGUGGUCACAGUCCUGAAGCCGGCCGUCACCCACAAGGACAUCAAUGUGAUUCAAGUGCCACUGACCAAGGAGGAGGCGGCAAGCAUGAGUGCCAUCAUAGAGAAAAUGUCGAAGAACGACAACAAGAACAUGUUGACUACCAUGUUCCGGAUGAUCGGACAGAUGGGCUUCAUGUUCGACAAAAUGGCGGAUGCCCUGAAGGAUCCGCGAGUCCGGGGCCUCUACGAGAACAAGGACAACAAGUUCGAACUGGUUCUCUCGGGAUUCUUCAUGAACGAAUACCAAAUGGGCUUUGCCAAGAAGGUGAAUGCUCCCUUGAUUGUUGUUGCCACAAUGCCACCGAAUCUAUUGCUGAAUUUUUUGAUUGGAAACCCUGAAGAAAUCGCCUAUGUGCCCAGCAUUAAUGAUUCGCUGGAAAGAGGCCAGGGAAUGUCGUUCAAGCAACGCAUCAGCGGCUUCAUUAUGAGCCUCGGUUUUCGGGUAUUUGGUAAAGUUUUGGAGUACCGCAACAAAAACUCCUACAAAGAACUCUUUGGCGAUGAUCCCAACAUGCCCGAGUAUUCAGAGAUGAUGAAGAAUGUCUCCCUCGUGUUCUUUGCCUCCCACGCAAUCAGCGAGGGACCCAUACGACCCAAUGUUCCCGGUGUGAUUGAGAUUGGUGGCAUUCAAGUCAAGGAUACGCCUGCUCCUCUCCCAAAGAAUAUGGCGGAGUUCUUGGGGAAUGCCACGGAUGGCGCUAUACUCCUCAGUCUGGGAUCCAAUGUGCAGGGAUCUCAUCUCAGCCCCGACACCGUACAAAAGAUGUUCAAUGUCCUCUCGAAACUGAAGCAGAGGGUCAUCUGGAAGUGGGAGGACCUGGACAAGACCCCUGGCAAGUCGGACAACAUCCUCUACUCCAAGUGGCUUCCACAGGACGAUAUCCUCGCCCAUCCCAAGAUCAAACUGUUCAUCAAUCACGCAGGAAAAGGAGGAAUCACUGAGGCCCAAUACCAUGGAAAGCCCAUGUUAUCCCUUCCCGUCUUUGGCGAUCAACCCGCGAAUGCCGACGCCAUGGUCAAGAAGGGCUUUGGCCUCACUCAGAGUCUCCUAACCCUCGAGGAGCAGCCGUUUCGCGAGGGCAUCGAGGAGGUCCUCUCGAACACCAAGUACGCUCAAACGGUGUCCACUUUCUCCAAGCUCUAUCGCGAUCGUCCACUCACUGCCCGGGAAUCGGUCAUCUACUGGUCCGAAUAUGUCAUCCGUCACCAUGGUGCCGCACAUCUCCAGAGUCCUCUGGUCCACAUGAGCUUCGUAGCAGCCAACAACUUGGAUGUCUUUGCUCUUUUGGCCAUCAUUCUCGUUGUUUUCCUGCUACUGACGAAGGCUGUAAUUAAAUUCAUCAUCAGAAAGCUCUCUUCGAAGACAAAGAAGGUCAAGAAACAGUAAAAUUUGGAACAAAAGAAUGAUUCACCGCCAAAUUCCCAGUUAAAUUACACCACCAGUACCUUAAAUGUCGUUAUAUACUAAAUUUAAGUACAUAUAAGCAAAUAUAUUGAUUAAAUC